AUACUUUUGAAACAAGAUUAUGAAAAUGAAAUAUUAAGGCACCUAAAUGAUGAAUCUACAUACACCCCGUCAACCGCAGCCCAUUACACGAAAAGCAGAGAUGAUUUUGAGGACCUUGUAAAGUGUCUAAAAAUUCAAUUUGAUAACGGUACCCAACUUCAACAUUUAAUAAUUCAAAACGACCAACCUUGUAAGUUCUAUAUAUUGCCUAAAGUACAUAAAACCUUUGUCAGAAUACCACCUGGUAGGCCCAUUACAAGUACAUGUAAUGCAUUUAACAGAAAUAUUAGUGGAUUAGUCGACUUAAUUUUACAACCAAUAAUGAAUUUAAUUCCAUCAUUAAUUCUUGACACUCGACAUUUUUUACUAUUAUUAAAUAACCUUACACUGCCUAAAAAUAGAAACUUAGUAUUACUUACCUAUGACAUUGAAAGUAUGUAUACAAAUCUUGAUGUAAACCUAUGUAAAAAACAUUGCCUAAAUAAGUAUCUGAAAUUUAAAGGUAAAUUAUCGGUACCGUAUAAAUUUUCCUCGUAUCAAUUUCAAAAACUUAUGAGUUUAUGCUUGGAUUACAAUUUUAUUAAAUUUAAAAAUCUGUAUUUUAAACAAACUAAAGGGAUCGCGAUGGGAAAUGCAACAUCGGUGAGCGUGGCAAAUAUUACUGCGGAGUGUGAAUUGUCUCCACUAUUUGAUAAUUGUGAAUAUAUAUUUUUCCAUGCUAGAUUUGUAGAUGAUGGUUUCAUGAUUAUUGAUUCCACUGAUAUUGCUGAUUUCAACGUAUGGUGCAUGAAUAUUUUUUCACAUAGUAAUCUUAAAUUUACACUAAACCAUAGUACAACCGAUAUUUGCUUUUUAGAUGUUAAUGUAAGUUUAUCAAACAAUAAGCUUUCUACAACUUUAUAUAAGAAACCAAUGUCACGCCCAUUAUAUGCUCACUAUUUUUCUAAUUUACCUAAACAACUUCUGAAUUCAUUACCGUAUAGUCAAGGAUUACGAAUUAUAAAAAUUUGUUUCGAAAUUGAGGACAGAGAAACGGAGAUUGAAAUCAUGCUGAAUACAUUUCAUAAUCGUUGUUAUCCUAAUGAUUGUAUAGAUAAUACGCGACAAAGAUUAGCUCAAAUGUCAAGACUAGAUUUAUUAACUAAGUGUAAAAAUUUAAUUAUAGAUAAUUUAAAAUUACACCACCCAGAAAUUCUUUGUAAUAUGAAGGUCAAAACUGAAACUCAUGAUUCCAUUUUACAUAGAUCGUAUGUUGUAAUGCCAUAUUACAAAUCUUUACCAACUCUAAAUAGUCUCACCAUUGAGUUUAUUAUGAAAGAAAGUGAUCGUAUAUAUACACACAUGUUGCAUACGCUCAAUGUUAAAGUAAGUUACAGAAAGAUAAACUCACUUACGAGGCAACUAUGUAAUAAUAUUUAGUAUGUAAUAUGUAUAUGUACAUAUCAUCACCGAGGACGCCAACUUCUGCCCAACAAACUACUCCGUCUUUUUACUUUGACACAAUCACAUGGAUUUUUAGUCUUUCCAAUUCUAAAUAAAUACUACUAAAUAUAUUUUUAUAAAUAUUUUUAAGAAAAACUCCCUGUUUCAGGGAUGAACUUGAACUAUUUUAUAUAGUAGAGAUCUUCAUUUAUUAAAUUUACCACUUUGUAAAGCCUGAUGAAAGAUUAUGAAACCGGUCGCUACUGCAAAAUUACUUCAAUAAACAAAUCUUUCCAUUA